GACUUGGUGGCUACCGCCCUCGAAGCAGAGAAGCCUGAAACGACACUCGCAUCGGUGGAACGCACCGAUGCUGCUAUGGCCAGUGAAUCCAAUCCGGACCUGGCGCGCAUGGUCUCCAACGCAAUGAUCGAGAGAUGCCGAGAGGCCAACGUCAACAUGGUGGGAAGCUCUGGGAAUGUGCCAGAGGAGUUGGUGCGAUCAGCGGUGGAGACCGCACUCCAAAGUGAACUGGCUCAGGCAGAGACCAGGCCUGACGUCUCUGCGGACGCCAGCCAUUCGGCCUAUGAUGCUGAAGUGGCACUCUUUGAGAACAGGUCGAUGGCAGAAGUCUCAGAGUUGGUGAAAUCCGCUGUGGAAGAGGCCGUGCAAUGCGAGCUGGCAAGUCAAGCGGAGGCCUCCGUGGGCGGGGACGGCCACUCAGCGGCCGUUGACGCAGAUGUGGCGCUCCUUGCGCACCGCUCUGUGCAGGAGGUUCUCAGUGCUGUGGCCCAGCGGUCAGAGGCAGAGCAACCACCGGCAGUGCCCGAGCAGCCAGCGGAGGUUCAGCCCUCGCAGCCAGUGGCACCAGCGCAGCCGGAGCUUCCGGUAACACUUGAGCAGCCAGUGGCCCCAGAGCAGCCAGUGCAGC